ACGCUGGAAGACGAUGACUUAGAAAUCAAUUUAUUAUAAUACCAUCAACAUAAUUUUUACAUGGAAAUAUCUUAAAACGUGAAGCUAGAAUCACAAUUAUUAAUUUGAUUUUAUUAUUUCAGAUUCUUAGUCCUUGAAAAAUAUGUCAGACGUUGAGAAUGACGAUGUACCUUCUGCAAUGGCAGCAGGAGGUGCAAUGGAUAUAAACACAGCCCUUCAAGAAGUUCUUAAAAAUGCACUUAUUCAUGAUGGUGUCGUACAUGGUCUUCAUGAAGCUGCCAAAGCACUGGACAAGAGGCAAGCCAUGCUUUGCAUUUUAGCAGAAAAUUGUGACGAACCUAUGUAUAAGAAACUAGUACAAGCAUUGUGCAAUGAACAUCAGAUUCCCUUUAUCCGGGUAGACAAUAAUAAGAAACUAGGUGAAUGGGCUGGUUUAUGUAAAAUUGACUGUGCUGGUAAAGCUCGAAAAGUUGUUGGGUGUUCCUGUGUUGUUGUAAAGGACUUUGGAGAAGACACUCCUGCAAAAGAUGUGGUAAUGGAAUAUGUGAAACAAAGCUCUGUACAUUAAGAUCUUUUAAUUAAAUAUUUAAUAUAA